AUGUCAGUUGAGAAAGUCAAAUCUCUGCGCCUGCAGAGGAGAGGGGCAAAAGCCAAGUUGUCCAGGUAUGGAAAGGCCCUUCAGAGCCUGAUCAAUGAUCAGAGACCUGUACCAGAAGUACAGGAGAUGUUUGAACAGUAUGCUGGUGCCUUUGAUGAUCUUCAGAAUAAGCAUGCUAGUUAUACCGAAGUGGUAGAAGAUGACGACGAAUUCGAAAAGGAAGAGUUGUGGAUGGACGAGUGCCAUAAUUCGUUCAUGAAGCUACAGAUCAUCGAAAGGGACUAUUGCAAGGUUGAUGAAAGUUUCAGGGAAGUAACGCAACCCCAGGAACAUCAGCAAGGUGCAUCGGCCAGGUAUUAUCAGAGUUUAGAAGCAACGUUGUCAGCCGAUGAACAGCAAGAUGAGUCAUCCAGAGAGGCAGGUCAGCCUGCUGAUGCAGGAAGGAGAAUGAAAGGAUCUGCUUAUAAGAUGGAGAGGCCUAAACUGCCAAGCUUCGAUGGCAACAUCCGAGAUUACUGUAUCUUCAAGGCUGAUUUUCUCCAUGCUGUUGGAAAUCAGUACGAUGAUAGAGAUGCCCUCAUGAUUCUGCGCUCUUGUCUUCAGAGCAAGCCCUUGCAGUUGGUUAAAGGGAUAGGACAAGACUAUACCGCAGCCUGGGAGCAACUAGAUAUGAUUUACGGGGAUGAGCGGUUUGUAGCUGACGCCAUCAUCAAUGAUAUUUCCAAGGUCAGACCAUUAAAGACGGGAGAAUCUGACAGGUUUUGUGAAUUCGUUCACCUUGUUCGAAGGAGUUACAACACCUUAAAGGAGAUAAACCAACCAGGGAACCUAGACAACAGCCACAUGCUUGCCAUAAUGGAAAAAAAGCUUAGCCCAGAAGACCGACUGGUUUGGUUUAGACACCAAGAAACAUGUGGCAAGGCAAGCUUCGAUUUGUUCCUCACCUGGCUUACAAUCGAACUGAAGUCCAGAAUGAGAGCGUCGGCCCCAGUAAGAAGUGAUAGUAAGUCAGGUGGUGUUCAUAUAGUAGGAAAGGCAGUACCCAAUGGAGAAACCAAAUUCCAGCCUUUUCACAAGUGUUGGAUCUGCGAGACUUCGUCACAUUGGUUGGAUCAGUGCAAGAAGUUCUUAGCCAUGUCACAGAUAGAUAGGCUUCAACUAGUCAAGACCAACCAUGCAUGUUUCAGCUGUUUGAAGAAGGCUGGGAAAGAACACAGAAUGUCCAACUGCAAACGAAGACGUAGGUGCAGUGAAACAAGUGCUGGGGAACCAUGUAAAUACUUCCACCAUCCCCUCCUACACGCAUCAACAGAAGUCAGAGGUGGAAAUGUAGAUGUUGCCUUUGCGGGCAACUCGGAAGCACUGCUGCCUAUUGUUACAGUCGAGAUCUUGGGGCAGCGAGGAGCAGUCUGUGAGGGAAAUGUGCUCUUGGACUCUGGAGCACAAGUAAGUCUAAUCAAGAAGUCUGUUGCUGAGGAACUGAAGCUGAAGGGAAGCAACAUCAGCAUCACCAUUACCAAGGUCGGUGGAGAGCAAGAGCAGAUGGAAACCCAACAACAUCAACUGAAAGUGAAAUCCCUCUCUACUAAUGCCAUCCAUUCGGUGACAGCAGUGGCAUUACCAUGUAUUAGUGAGAACAUUGCAGAGGUGAAGAUAGAUGCAAUGGCCAAGCUGUUUAAUCUGAAGUCUGGUGAUCUACGAAGAGGAAGUGGGUCAGUUCAUCUUCUCAUUGGCAUAGACUACCCAAAGAUGCAUAUGGGUAAGUCAAGACAGAAGGGACAGUUAGCAGCUCGUAAAUCACCACUGGGCUGGGUUAUCUUUGGUGCUCCCAAGAAAAGCAGUGACAGGAUGAAUGUGCUGCAUGUGAAGUUGACAUCUCCUAUCGACUUGACUGAUUUCUGGAGCUCAGAAUCCAUGGGAGUGCAGUCCAGCUCCUGUCAUUGCGAGCCAAGUCCCUUGAGUAAGCAGGAGAAGGAAGAAGAGCAGAUCAUCAGAGAGUCUAGCAAAAAGGUUGGAAAUAAAUGGGAGAUUGCUUAUCCUUGGAGAAAAGAUCCCAACUUACUUCCUGACAAUCGAGCACAAGCAGAGAAGGUACUGUGUUCAACAGAGAAAAGGCUUGCACGAAACCAGGACCAUGCAGAUGCCUAUGGUAAACAGAUGAAAGAACUGGUAGAGAAUGGAUUUGCUCGUAAGUUAACAGAGAAUGAAGUAGAUCAGUAUGAGGGUCCUAUUCACUACAUAUCCCACCAUGCUGUUCUGCGACCUGAGAAGAGAAGCACACCUGUACGCAUCGUAUUCAAUUCAUCAUCAUCAUAUCACGGUCAUUGCUUAAAUGACUAUUGGUUCAAGGGUCCAGACCUCCUGAAUGAUCUUUUGGGGGUGCUGCUGAGAUUCCGGAUGAAUGAAGUUGGAUUCUGCGGAGACAUUUCUAAGAUGUACCACAGGGUCUCGAUUCCUGAGAGAGAUAUGAAUGUACACCGGUACCUGUGGCGAGACAUGCAGACCGAUAGAAAGCCAGAUGUUUACAUUAUGAAAGUGGUUACGUUUGGAGACAAGCCAGCGCCAGCUAUGGCCCAGCUGGCAUUGAGAAUGACAGCGGAAGCAGCAGAAGCUACACAUCCGAAAGCAGCACAAGUGUUGAAGGAGAGUGUCUACAUGGACGACAUUUGUGACUCAGUUAGAGAAGUGAGUGAAGCAGAGCAGCUUACAAGUGAAAUUGACCAGGUACUUCAGGAAGGUGGCUUCAAAGUCAAAGGCUGGACCAGCAAUGAAGCAUUGAAAGGAGAAAGUAAAAAGGAAGGGGAAACCAGAAUCCUUGAAGCUGCCCUGGAAGACAAAGUGCUGGGAAUAGCAUGGGAUAACCAGCAAGACAUGUUCUUCUACAAAGUAAAGGAGACAGUUCCCAGUUCUCCUAAUGAUGGGAAAGAUGAAGAGAGUCUGCUUACCAAGAGAAAGGUCCUGAGCAGAAUUGCACGAAUAUUCGAUCCAAUAGGCUUUGCCGCUCCCGUACUAGUUCGUGCAAAAAUUGGAAUGCAGCAGCUGUGGCAGAGAGGAUACGAUUGGGAUGAACUGUUACCUUCCGAUCAACAGAAGUGGUGGGUGACAUUCUUGAAAGAGAUGCAGGACUUAAAUAACGUCAAAUACGAGAGAUGUCUUACUCCACCGAUGGCUAUCGGUCAACCCACACUAUGCAUAUUUGCGGAUGCGUCUGAGGUAGCAUUUGGAGUCUGCGUAUAUUUGCAGUGGAAACUAGAAGAUGGUAAAUAUGCUGUUAGAUUUGUACUAGCCAAAUCUCGAGUCGCUCCUCUGAAGAAGAUUACUGUACCUAGACUAGAGCUUCAGGCGGCAGUGAUGGCUGCAAGAGUCUACACAACUGUCAUGAAAGAACUGAGGCUGCAGCCUGAGAGUGUCAUCUUCAUGACUGAUAGCAUGAUCGCCCUAUCUUGGAUUCGAAGUGAGGGCAGGAAAUUCAAGCCAUUCGUUGCAGCAAGGAUUGGUGAAAUCCAAAGCCAUACCAACCCUGCACAGUGGAAGUAUGUCCCAGGAGAGCUUAACCCAGCUGAUGACGUCUCUAGAGGUCUGCCAGUAAAGAAGCUCUCAGAAAGAUGGAAGCAAGGACCUGCGUUCCUGUACAGACCUAAAGAGGAAUGGCCGUCAGAAAAGGCUGUUCCAGACACAGAAACAGAGGUUGAAUCAGAACGACGCAAGGUCAAUCACAUCUCAGCCAAACAAAAUGAUGUGAUAGAUGUCAAGAAAUUCUCAAGCUGGAGAAAACUAAUCCGAGUGACAGCCUAUGUCUUGAAGUUCGUCGAGAAACUGAAAGCUGCACGUUGGAUAAGGUCUGAUGACAAUGUCGAUCCUGAUGAAAGAUGCUUAUCGACAGCCCAGUUGCAGAAAGCUGAACGCUUUUUGAUUAAGGAAGCCCAGAGUACCUUGCAUCAACGGGUAAAGAAUGGAGACUUCAAGACACUAAGCCCGUUUGUAGACAAAGAGGGAAUUAUCAGAGUCGGUGGACGGCUAGACAAGGCUCAGAUAUCUUAUGAGCAAAGACAUCCAGCUUUGCUGCCAUAUGGUGCAUGGAUAUCAACGCUGAUCACAAGACAUAUGCAUCAGCUAGGACAUGGUGGUGUGGCAGCUACAGCAGCAAAGAUAAGACGCCAAUACUGGAUCCUGCAGAUUCACAAGCUGGCAAAGACUGUGAAGUAUAGGUGCGUGAUGUGUCGACGCAUGGAGCAUCAGGUGGAGUCACAAGUCAUGUCUGAUCUACCAGAUGAGAGAGUUGCCCCGUUUACACCACCAUUUUACUUCUCAUCUGUGGACUAUUUCGGCCCAAUAUCAGUUAAGGUAGGGAGGAACAAGACCGCCAAGCACUAUGGGGUCCUCUUCUCCUGCCUGAAUACAAGAGCCAUACAUCUUGAAGUGGCUGUUGAUUGCACGUCCAUGGAAUUCAUGCAGGUGCUACGGAGGUUUUUCGCCAUGAGGGGUCAACCUGCAUUCAUACUGAGCGACAACGGCACACAGUUCGUCGGUACUGAAAGAGAGUUACAUGAGAUGGUGCAAGGUUGGAGCUCUGAGGAGUUAAGAGAUUUCUGCGCUGAGAGAGGAACGACGUGGAAGUUCACAACUCCAUCUGCACCACAUCACAAUGGGUGUGCUGAGGCGCUAGUGAAGAGCUGCAAGAUUGCCCUGAAGAAAGCCAUCGGGGAUCAACUGCUCACACCCUUCGAGCUGCACACCUGUCUCCAAGAGGUCGCUAAUCUCGUCAACCAGCGACCCAUUGGAAGAGCACCAAAUGAUCCUGAUGAUGGGACAUAUCUGUGUCCAAACGAUCUACUCCUUGGAAGAUCUUCGAGCGCGGUUCCUCAAGGUCCCUUCAGAGAGACGAAGAACCCAAGACAUCGCUUCGAAUUUGUCCAGCGAAUCGUCGACGCUUACUGGAAGAGUUGGAUGCGUGACGUCUUUCCACUACUGGUUCCGCGUCGAAAAUGGAACAAUGACAGACGCAAUGUCCGAAUCGAUGAUGUGGUUAUUCUGGCUGACCAUAAUGCAGUUCGAGGAAAGUGGACAUUGGGUAGAAUCAUCCAGGUGUACCCUGGAACUGAUGGGAAGGUUCGAACAGUAAAGGUCAAAUCUAAAGGUUGUGAGUAUAAGCGACCAAUCUCGAAGAUUGUUGUAAUCUAUCCAACAGAAGGGUAUGACGAUGAGUAA